AUGAAGCUCCACCUCCUCAGCAGCGCGGUGCUCCUCACCGCCGCUGCCACAGUGUACUCCUCACCCACACCCGCAGCCCCCUCCACAAACACAAGCGAUGUCGACUUCCUCAACGACCCCGACUCUUUCAAUGCCAUCGAGCUCGACCCGGUGGUCGAGGAUGCCUUGCGCAUGAGGGAGCAUAAACUACGCUUUGUCAAGCGAGACGCGUACAAGGACUUGAAGGCCUUCGAUCUGAAGAACGCGAAACAGAUGUGCGAGCCCACCUUCAAGACACCGGACGAGGCGUUGAAGGUCUGGUGGCAGACUGCUGCGGGCGACGUCCUAGAUUCCUGGGUCCGUAUGCAUGAUACCUCCAAGACCGGUGACGGGAAAGGAUGGUUCGACUCCAUGCUACGAGAUGUGUACAAGGCCGACGGUACCAUGGACUGCACUACCAUAACGGGAGGAGGCUGCGAAAUACCUCCCAGACUAUGCUACGACCUCGUGAAGAAAGGCAAAGGCCCAUACUACUGGGUCCUAAAGGCCGUGUCCCUCAUGAACCUGGCCUCCGCCAACCUGCACGAAAAGUACAUACAGAACGGCGCCAUCGAGAACGGGCUCGACAUCCAAGGGUUCCUGAAGGACUUCACGCCGCCCAAGCAAAUCAAGUCGCCGACCUUCUUCGGCAUCCUGUCCAGCGUGCUCCUGCUGGGCGGCGGCAGCACCAGCAGCGGCGGCAUCCCGUUCCCGGGCAACAAGAUCAGCCCCUGGGGAGGCAUCAUCUCGAUUGCUGGCAGCGCGUUUGGGCUGGCGGACAAGUACGGGCCUGCGGAGGAGGAUGUGCCGGAUUUAGGCAAGAUGCUCAACCAAUACUUCCGCGCCUCCGAAGACUCCCUCGACGCCUCCAUAGUCAACUCCCUCGGCAAAGGCGACCAGAAGAAGCUACCGCCCCACUUACUCUCGGACGGAACGUACUACCGCACCGCGACGGGCCAGUACUUCGCCGCGGGCAAGUUCUUGAAGCAGGACAUCGGCAUCUACAUGAAGCCGAUGAUUGAGGCUGCAAAGCUGAAGAUGAAACAACGCCUAGCCCUCUACACCCUCCAAGAAUCCGGCGGCCUCUUCUUCCACGCGCAAAAGAGCCCCUGCAUCGAGUACGCCUACCGGAUGCGGUACGGGCGGGGCCCCACCUCCUACCAAGUGGACAGCUGGUGCCUCGUGCCGUUCUACUCGUCGCGCUGGAAGCCGGGCACCGACGUCAUCGACCUGCGCAAGUCCGACGUGCCCCUGCAGGUCGAGCCGGACAUCCAGAAGAAGCUGGAGGCGUACGGCCUGAGCUGGGCCGAGGUCGCCAACAACGCGCUCGACUGCGCCAUCCACAGCGGGCCCGACGGCCAGGUCAAGACCGGCGUCAUACCCCUCACCGGCGCGCUGCCACGGUGCUUCUUCAACGUGCCCGUCAAGGAGGGGAGCUUCUGGCCCGCGAGGCGGCCGAGGGACAGGACGUGGUGGGAGUUGAAGGACCCCAAGUUUUAG